CUCUAAAAACUGUGUAUGACUACUGUCAGCUGUUAUUGACGUUCACGUAACUUUUACUCUUUUUUAAAGAUUGUUUGGCUUUGAAUUUGGAAAACAAAGGACGCUGAAAUAACUAUUGGAGUCGAAAAAUGGUGCGCCCCACCCUUAUAUCACUAGCCAAGCGUGUGCCGCUGAUACAGUUUCGCAAAGGUGGUGCAGGUGCCGGAGCACCAAAGUCAGCAGAGAAGGCAAGUUCACAGCCACCCGGAGGGAAAAAGCUGGGCGGAGGAGCUGCCAUCGAGGACUGGGAACUCCCAGCACGCUUUGCCCGCAAACCCAUAGAUCCUGUUGAAGCGGCUUACAUUAAUAAUGGUGGACCACCCAACUACUGAUGUGAUCAAAAUUUGUUUAUCUUACGAAAUGUCUAAUUUAUAAAAAUAAAAUUUUGUAUUGAUCCUCGAAACAGCUGAUUUGGCAAUUACUCACACAAACGCAGACUUCCUUGCCAAUCAGAUGCUUCACAUGUUCAAACAGAAUUUAA